AUGCAGCAUCGAACACCGCAAUCCUACCAGAACAUUGUUGCGCCGCCUCAUGUCUCACAGUCACGAACACUGAGCAGCACCGUGACCUCUCAGCAGCCCUACACGUCCACCAACGUUUAUGCACAGCAAGCAAAUCUUCAUUCGCCAUUCCUGAACAGCCAGCAUCAAUUCCAAGCUCAGGCGCAAAACGACGCGCCCAAUUAUUUCCAGCCAAACCAGAGCCCAAGGAGUCAGAGCAGUGUUGCAGGGACGUACUAUCCGACUGAAAAGCCCGAUUCUAUGGCAGCAACGGCGACAAUGCAGCGGCCUUAUCCCCCGAUAUACACGCCGCAGUCUAAUUCUCCAGCCUCAGUGACCUCUCCCCAGUCGCAUGAUCAUGGCAGACCAAUGUAUCCUCAACCAGGCCCGCAGUUGAGCCAACUUCCGUAUGGCUAUCCUCCAUAUCAGUCCAUGAAUCAGGUACACCAGCCUCCGUAUGGCAAUCAUCAUGGGCAGACGCAACAGCACCAGAUCCAGUCACAACCGAUGAUGUCCUACCAGUCGACGACUCCCCAGCUUCCACAAGGGCCUCAGCACCAUUCGACAAUCUCAAGCAGCCCAAGAUUGAAAUCCGAGAAUGCUCAACCAUACCAACAGACGCCGCAAGCGCGACCCGGAAUGCUCCCACACCAGCAGCAGCCGCAACACCCGAGUACCAACCCUGCUACGCCGGGACUAGGCGAUUAUAAACAACAGGGACUGGGCGACUAUAAACAACCGGGAUUGGGCGACUACAAACAAACUCUUCAACAGGCGCAGCAGCAGUCUGGACAGCAACAGCAACAACAGCAGCAUUCUCCUUCGGGGAUGCAGCCGAAUUUGCCGCCAGGCGCAAACGCUGCUCCCGGGCCGAUCCCCGCCACGACGCCCUUGGUAGUUCGACAGGACGGGAAUGGCGUCCAGUGGAUCGCUUUUGAAUACUCGAGAGAUCGCGUGAAGAUGGAAUACACCAUUCGGUGCGACGUUGAAUCAGUCGACGGGUCCGCCUUGACUCAUGAGUUCAAGUCUGAAAAUUGUGUAUAUCCUCGGGCUUGCGUGCCCAAGGAUCAAUACAAAGGCAAUCGGUUGGCCUAUGAGACUGACUGCAACCAAGUCGGUUGGGCUUUGGCAGAAUUGAAUCCAUGCUUGCGAGGAAAACGAGGUUUGAUUCAGCGAGCGGUCGACAGCUGGAGAAACAGCAAUCAGGACCCUCGGUUGAGAAGUCGUCGGGUCAGGCGACAAGCUAAGAUAAACCACAAGGGAAAGGUGACUCCAUCGACCCCAAGUCAAGCUUCCGGGCCGGUUGGUUCCAUCCCGACAGGGCUUCCUGGUCCAAACUCAAUGCCCGCCUCAGGUGUCAGACCGCCAGGUGUUUUGCCCAGUGCGCAAAAUCAAAUCUUGCACAACCAGCAGGAUGUCUCCCCCACCGCACAUAGCAACGUCGGAGCGUCGUCUUACAACACUGCGCCCCAAGGGUAUCGACAAGACGCUGCCAGCCAGCACAUGUCGAGUCCGAACGACGUCCGCCAAAGUCACGUUUUCCCAGGAUAUCCAAGUUAUCCACCGGCUCCCACAUCAAUGGCUCCUUCAAUGCCACCACACAUGCAAGGAGGAUUACAUCACCUCGGGCGUCCCGGCGGGACCGCCGCCAUGACCUCGAGGGACCUGGAAGGUAAGAAUGAGGAUGACAGCGCGUUGUUCGGCGACUUACCGGAAAGUAAACGACGAAAAUUCAUUCUCGUGGAGGACACUCAGAAGAAUGCACGAGUUCGAGUCAAAGUCACUUUAGAUCAAAUUGAGAUGAGCGAAAUCCCCGAUUCCUACCGCAAGCAGAAUUCUGUCUUCCCACGCGCCUACUUUCCUGUGCAGAUGCAGACAGCCGAUUCGACUCGAGGUGGCCGGCUUGCGGAGGAGGGAGAAGAGGUUGACGGUGGCGCCCCCACCAUUGGCAAGACGUCUGUUUCGGUGCAAACCAGCAACGGCGAAGCAGAGGUCAGUGUGCCGCAAAUCUCGAAAAGCAAGCGCAGCCGAGAGCAGAAGAUCAAUGAGCUAGGUUAUCGAAUGGCUUGGGGUCAAGGCCGAGUGUUCUCCGGCCGGCCAGUUUUUCUUGCUCGUGCCUUGGACGCAUAUCGAACCAAGCAGCGAAACGCCCUCCUAGCCGCAGGAUCCGAUGCAUCGGCCAUCCCCGCUCACCUCGAAAACAGACCAGGAAAGCGAAAGUGGCUUGAGAGGGCUCACGCAGUCGCUCAUCCAUUGACGCCUCCUACUACCACAUCUGAUUAA